AUGGACGACUCGUCCGCCUCUGCUCUACCUGGAGAGCCUGUUCCUACUAACGAAGCAGCCUCUGAGCCUGUAAACCUUAGUCAAGAGUCGAUGGGUCGAUCGCCUUCCGCCCUCAACGAUCACCGAACGGGGAGUUCUCCAGCGUCGGGCGAUGAGCUCUUCUCAGAGACUCCUCUUACCCCUCGCCAGGAGAAGCAGCUGCUUAUGCGUGACCCCAACUACGUGCCCGAGGGAUGGCUAGUUCCCCUGGAGGUUCCUUACACGUUUGUCGAAGGGCAGACUCUUGAGGCAUACGCAGCAUUCGUAGUCCCAAACCGAUACCCCGUUCGCAUGGGCUCAUCCGACGAGGUUGGGGGGCAGGAAAGCGUUGCCAUUCGUGCUUUCGCUGCUUGGGACAAGUACUUCACGGCAGGCCAAAGCUCCGUAGGAGGGGUCGCUGUUCCCUGGAUCUACAAGGAAAACGCUCUCCUUCCCAGAAAGGAACUUCCAGCCUUCGUGAAGGCCGGUACCGCCAUGCACGCCACGGUAGCGUGCACUCGCACCGUGAUCAUGGAGGCCUUUAGGCUUCUCCACGAUCCAUCUUCACCUCCAGUCCCCUGUCUCCUCCCCAUUCGCACUCCUCUGCGACAGGGGCAGGCGUGUCUGGUCUGCGCAAUCUGUCACGAGGAAUGCGACGCCCAGGGAUCUGUAAAACCCCCUCCAUCGGAGAAGGCUACGACCCCUGUGCAAAAGAAGAAGAAGAAGCGUCCUCGCCGCAAGAGGGUAACCCCAAGAUCUGUGGUCGCCAAGCAACGAGGUCGAAUGGAGGAACUGUUGGAAGAAGGCAUCGCCUGGAUAGCGGAGUGGGAGGCUACCCUAGGCGGAAUUCGAGACCCGUCGGUCUCGCAACCCUUUCUACAGUUGUUGCGCAUCAAGAUUGAACAACCCAUCGGCAGCAUGAUAAGCAGCAACCUGCAGGCCAUUCGUCUUGCGGCUCAACCAGAGGAGGAGGAAGGCGACGGCUCCUCUGUCGAAGAGAACAUCAGCGUUCCUCAAGAGGAGACUGACCAGGAAGAAGAGAGCGAACCGGUCAUUGUCGAUGCUCGAGCUCGCAGGAUGAAGGCCAGAACGUCCACUCGCAAGCGUUACCUGGCGAGGUGGAAGACUCCUUCCGACGACGACGACCUGUACCUGCCAGACUCAGGCAAUACCGGAGCGACCUCAGCUUCCAUCACUCCUCGUAAGCGAAAGAGUCUCAGGACCUUUGCGCCCAAGACCCCUCCAUCCGCACGAGAAGUGCUCCUCUCGGCUCCUCUACUAAUGGACGUCGAUAGCUCGUCCGACGACGGGGAAUGGUCUUCUACCGUGUCUAUGAGCCUCUCCGCCAUAGGAGGAGACGAGGAAGUAAGCGACAUCGAGACUGCGUCCGGAGACGAUGACGUAUUACUUCAGAACCACACCUUGCCACACCACCUCCAGACUCAGCGUCGAGCAGCAGCCCUAGACGCCGAGGACAUAAACAAGGAGAUGAUGAAGAAGGGCGAUCCGCUCUUCCCACCUGGGGAAGAGGAUGCUGGAUCCAUCCUAGAGCCGAUGGUGCUCUCUCCAGGACCCAGCGUGGAUGCUAGCGAGUAUCGCGACAGUGAAGGCUCUUCGAUCGAAGGUCCAUUCAUCAACAUUCUCGACCGAGGCGCUCAGCAGCCCUCCACUCCGGUAUCGGCCUCGCCUGCGUCUGCAGUUGCGACCUCCCCCGUACGUGGAACACUUGCCGCCACCUUUGGCGUGGUACGAGAUGCUGCCGCUUUACUCGUUCGCAAUAGGGCUCCAGUUUCUCAAGACCGCGCUCAACUGAGCGCAGAGGCCUUCGCUGAGAAACAGAGACGAGUAGCCGCCAGAGGAGGUGAUCCUGACACGGUUACCAACUUUGAGGGCGACUCAGACUUGGAGUGA